GAAAAGGUGUUUUUUUUAUUGUAGUAUACUGCUGCUAGAACUGCAUAACUUAGAUAUGGUUAAAAUAUUUAUUGACUGCAGUUGCAAAUAGGAAAGCCAGUGGUAGUUCAUCCCAGACAGAUAAGGAUUACAUUCAAUCUUUAAAGGCAUCAUACCCAGAACGAUCGUACUACUGACCUCCGACAUAUGAAUGCCCAUUUUGUGGUGCCAUCUUUUGGUAUCAAGAGAGAGUUAAAACCCUCUCUGCUGUCUCGAAAAGAAAAAUAGUUUACAACCUAUGUUGCAAAAGUGGCAAAAUUGAAUUGCCUCCUUUAUGUCCUCUACCUGAACCGCUUGCAACUUUAUUGAAUUUCAAUGGUGAUGCACGUUCCAAAAGAUUUUUGAGACAAAUUCGAUCAUAUAAUUCGAUGUUUGCUUUCACCUCAAUGGGUGCAGCUAUUGACAAGUCAAUUAAUAAUGGGAAUGCGCCUUAUGUUUUCAAAAUCAAUGGUGUUGUGCAUCACAGAAUUUGUACUCUUCUGCCAUCACGAGGUGCACCACCUAAAUUUGCGCAGCUAUAUAUCUAUGAUUCUGACAAUGAAAUCCAAAAUCGAUUAAAUAUUUUCGAAAAUGAUUGCGACAAUGCUGAUAGACCAGACCCUGAAAUUGUUAGCGCCUUAACACGCAUGUUUGAUACCAAUAAUGAACUUGUUAAAAAUUUCAGAUAUGCUAGAGACCGCCUCUCUGAACAUGGUAAUGAAAAAAUAACUCUUCGCUAUUAGGCUGCAAUGCUAAAGAUGAUGUGCAGUAUAACCUACCAACAAGUGGUGAAAUAGCUAGCAUAAUAGUAGGCGAUUUUUCAGCAAAAGAAUAUAAAUUUGGUGUGCUUGUUCACGAUAAAGAUCAUGGAAUGCAUCAAGUGUUUUCAUUGCAUCCAUCAUAUAUGGCUUUGCAGUAUCCUUUGCUAUUUCCAUAUGGUGAACGUGGCUUCCAUCUAGGCAUUAAAUAUAGAAAUUAUGAUGGAACUGGUAGAAAAUAUGCUACAAUGCUUGAGGUCUACAGAUACCUUAUCCAUUAUAGACUAAAUGAGCCUAAUCCUUUCACAUGUUAUGGCUGACUGAGUGACCAAAGUGUUGUUGAUAUCUUUUCUACUAUCGAGGCUAAUAGGAUACAAUACAUAAUAGAUCAUCAAGCUGAUUUGCGUGCUGAAACUGUAGAAGGAAUCGUAGAUGCGAUUGAUAGAGGUGUUACUAAUGGAGAUUCUGUUGGCAAACGUCAGAUACUUCCUGCUAGCUUUACCGGCGGUAGAAGAUAUAUGGUGAUGAAUUAUCAGGAUGCGAUGGCAAUCUGUCGUGUGUAUGGCUCGCCUGAUUUAUUUGUCACAUUCACUUGUAACUUUAAGUGGCAAGAAAUUGCAGAAACUAUUCGAUUUGAACCUGGCCAACAACCAUCAGAUAGAGCUGAUGUAAUUGUGCGAGUAUUUAACAUGAAAGUAAAUGAUUUUAUCACUGAUAUUAGAGAAAGUAAAUGAUUUUAUCACUGAUAUUAGAGAAGGCAGAACAUUCGGAAAAGUCCUUGCAGGUAGCACAUAUACUUUCUUUUCCAUAUAGUUUUUCCCCUAUAUAUUUCUCAUACCUUUUCAUUGGCUUAAACCUUCUUAGUGCUGUAUACUGUCGAGUUCCAGAAGCGUGGGCUGCCACAUAUCCACUGCUUAGUUUGGCUUGCAGCAUCCACUGCUGAUGUGUCAGCAUCUGUAAUAGAUGGCUUCAUCUGUGCUGAGAUACCUGACUAUGACACAGAUCGUCUAGGAUAUGAAUUGGUUAGUGAGUUCAUGAUGCAUGGUCCUUGUGGCGACGCAAACAAAAAUUGCCCUUGCAUGAAAAAUGGCAAAUGUUGAAAACAUUAUCCUAAGGACUUCCAGGAUGAAACUAUUAUUGAUGAAUCUGGUUUUACAAUAUACAGACGACGAAACAAUCAACGAUGCAUAAUUAAAAAUGGAAUUGCAUUGGACAACAGAUCAGUCGUGCCAUACAAUCUUGAAUUGCUUAAAAAAUACGAAGCACACAUUAAUGUUGAGUGGUGUAACAAGUCAAAUCUGAUUAAAUAUUUAUUCAAAUACAUUACAAAAGGGCAUGAUCAUGCAAAGAUAUACUUUGAGACUACUUCUAAGACAGGAAAUAUGUCACUAAAUCAUGAUCUAGCUCCUCGGAUGAGAUAUUAGAAUACAUGGAUGCUAGAUUUCUUUCCACGUGUGAGGCACUUCAUCGCAUAUUUGAAUUUGACAUACAUUAUAGAGUGCCACCUGUUGAGCGUCUAACAGUCCAUUUAGCUGGCAAAAAUUAUGUUAGAUAUGAGAAAUGUUCAGAUUUGCGGGCGGUGCUCGAUAGCCCUGCUGCGAAACGAUCAAUGCUGACUGAAUGGUUCGAAGCUAAUAGAAAAUAUUCUAAGGCACGGUUGUUAACAUAUUGUGAGUUUCCAAAGGAAUGGUCAUGGGAAUCAUCAUCUAGAACAUGGCGCGAGCGAACACCAACUGCAAAAAUAGGUCGAAUCUAUUAUGUGCACCCAACCUGUGGCGAACUCUAUUACCUCAGAAUGCUCUUGAUGAUAGUUAAAGGCACACAGAAUUAUGCUGAUGUACGCACAUACAAUGGCAUUGUUUAUAACACAUUCAGAGAAGCAUGUGAGGCGAGAGGUCUUCUUGAAGGAGAUAAUGAAUGAUACCUUCUAUUUGAUGAGGCCAUACUAUCUGCAUCUUCGCGACAACUUAGACAACUAUUUGUGACCGUUAUUCUUUAUUGCUCUGUUAGUAAUGUGCGAUCAUUAUUUGAUAAGUAUUGGCUUUAUAUGACUGAUGACAUCCAUAGUAGAUUAAAGAAUGCAUUAGAUAAUCCACGAUGCAUUAUUCCACAUGAGCACUUGCUUAGUCUCCUCCUGCAUGAGCUUACAAUUGUUUUUGCAAACAAUGGUGGUAAUAUAAAAGAUUUUGAUUUGCCGAUUCCAACAUCUGCUUCACACAUUCCUGGUAGUAAUAGAUUGAUUGACGAGGAGCUUGCACCUGAUCCCCUUAUGAUGUCCUUGCGCGCAGAUUCUUUAAUAGCACAGCUAAAUAUCGACCAGAAAAAGAUUUUUGACACCAUAACCUCCUCAAUCAGUGCAAACAAACCUGGAUUUUUCUUUGUGAGUGGACAUGGUGGGACUAGGAAAACAUUUCUAUGGAACGCUAUGAUUGCAAAACUUAGAUCACAAAAUAAGAUUGUGCUCGCUGUUGCCUCAUCAGGUGUAGCAUCUCUCCUACUACCUAGAGGUAGAACAGCUCACUCCCGAUUUAAAAUUCCAAUUGACAUUGAUGAAACUAGCAUUUGCAAUAUAAAACGAGGAACUAUGUUGCCUGACCUCCUCAUUGAAAGUGCACUUAUUAUAUGGGAUGAGGCUCCGAUGACACGUAGGCACUGUUUUGAAGCAUUGGAUCGCACAUUACGUAACAUUCUUUCUGAAACUUGUCCUACAAAUUCAAUCAUACCUUUUGGAGGAAAACCUGUUGUUUUGGGUGGUGACUUUAGACAAAUCUUACCUGUUGUUCCUAAAGGUUCACGCCUCGCUGUUAUUAAUGCAUCAAUUACAAAUUUAGACCUAUGGAAACAUGUGACGUUGUUAUCCAUGAAUAUAAACAUGAGACUGUUAAAUCCAACCCUACCAGAAAACACAAUAAUUGAAUUGCAUGAAUUCAGUACAUGGGUUCUAGCUGUUGGUAACGGAACAUUGCCUAUGAUUGCAAAAGAAGGUGAAGCUCAACCCUCAUGGAUUAUAAUUCCCGAUGAUCUUCUUGUUGUAACAGAUGGUGACAAAAUCGUUGCUAUUGUCAACGAAGUGUAUCCAGACUUUCUUGCAUCAUAUAAAAACCCUACAUAUCUAUCUUCUCGUGCCAUUGUUUGCCCUGCGAAUGCAGUAGUUGAUGAAAUAAACAAUUAUACUAUUGAUUUACUCCCAGGAGAAUCAAGAAUAUAUCUUAGCUGUGAUACAAUCUCAAAAUGCUCAGAGCAAAUUCCAGAUUUCGACCUGUUAUACCCACCUGAAUUUCUUAAUUCAAUUAAUGCAACUAACUUUCCUACACACAAACUUGUUUUAAAGGAAGGUGUUGUUGUUAUGCUUCUGCGAAAUUUGAACCAAUCGAUAGGCCUUUGUAAUGGAACAAGAUUAUUAGUCACUGCUUUAGGGGAAAGAAUUUUACAAUGUACAAUACUAACUAGAUCAAUCAUCGGUGAAACAGUUUAUAUACCAAGAAUCACAUUAAGCACGUCAAAAAUGAAAUGGCCUUUUACAUUACAAAGAAGGCAAUUCCCAGUUCGAGUUUGUUAUGUAAUGACUAUCAACAAGAGCCAAGGACAAACACUUGAGCAAGUUGGCAUAUACCUCAAGAAACCUGUUUUCACGCAUGGGCAGCUCUAUGUUGCUAUUUCAAGAGCAACAAGCCGAACAGGGCUCAAAAUACUGAUUGAAAACGAUGACGGAUCAUGUGGAAACCAAACAAGAAAUGUUGUUUAUACCGAGAUACUUUCUGCUACAAUGGAAGCGGCUUGGCCGCUCCAUGCGUAG